UGUAGUAGUUGAAUAUUUAUUAUUAAUCUACAAGUUGGACAUUACGAAAGUCCUAGAUAUAGGGUCCCCCAAACUUCUAGAACAAGGGCUUCCCCACAAUCCUGUCAGGCAAGUCUCCCCUGGGGUUCCCAACUUCUGUCCCCACUGAAGUUUUCACCCCCUUCUCUAAUCCCAGCCUCCUGCUGUCUGUCUCCAGGUGCUCCAAGAGAUGCUCCUCCUCCCCUCGUGCUCCCUCCCCAUCCUCCUCCUUUUCCUCCUCCCCAGUGUGCCAAUUGAGUCCCAACCCCCACCCUCAACAUUGCCUCCUUUUCUGGCCCCUGAGUGGGACCUUCUGUCCCCCCGAGUGGUCCUGUCUAGGGGUGCCCCUGCUGGGCCACCUCUGCUCUUCCUGCUGGAGGCUGGGGCCUUUCGAGAGUCAGCAGGCACCCCGGCCAACCGCAGCCGGCGUGGGGUGAGCGAAACUGCACCAGCGAGUCGUCGGGGUGAACUGGCCGUGUGCGAUGCAGUCAGCGGCUGGGUGACAGACCGCCGGACCGCUGUGGACUUGCGUGGGCGCGAGGUGGAGGUGCUGGGUGAGGUGCCUGCAGCUGGCGGCAGUCCCCUCCGACAGUACUUCUUUGAAACCCGCUGCAAGGCUGAUAACACUGAGGAAGGUGGCCCGGGGGCAGGUGGAGGGGGCUGCCGGGGUGUGGAUCGAAGGCACUGGGUGUCUGAGUGCAAGGCCAAGCAGUCCUAUGUACGGGCAUUGACCGCUGAUGCCCAGGGCCGUGUGGGCUGGCGAUGGAUUCGAAUUGACACUGCCUGCGUCUGCACACUCCUCAGCCGGACUGGUCGGGCCUGAGACCCAUGCCCAGGAACUGAUCAGGCAGAAAAAGAACUGAGCUGGAUGCUGAGAGACCUCAGGGAUGGCCCAGCUACUCUAAGGACUCCAGUUUGGGAACUCAUCAAAUAAUCACAAAAUCACAGUUCUCUGAUUUUGAGCUCAAUCUCUGCAAGAUGGGUGAAACCACAUGGGUUUUUGGAGGUUGAAUAGGAGUUCUCCCAGAGCAACUUGAGGGUAAUAAUGAUGAUGGUAAUAAUAAUAGCCACUAUUUACUGAGUGUUUACUGUUUCUUAGCCCUAAUACGUAACUCCUCAGAUCAACUCCCACGGA